CACACCAUUCGUUGAUGUGCUAUAAGUACAGUAGUGUGAUAACCGUUUGAUUUUAUUGUAGUAGAGCCCAAUUUUACUUUACUAUUGAACACAGAAGAUUUCGGUAAGAACAACAUGGUGCAGUAUAAGUUAUAUUAUUUUGAUGCUCGUGGCAAUGCUGAAAUUAUACGUCUGAUAUUUGCAUAUUCGGAUGUUAAAUAUGAAGAUGUGAGAAUACCAAGGGAAGAAUGGCCUAAGCAUAAAUCAGAUAUGCCUCUUAGACAGCUUCCAGUCUUGGAAGUCGACGGAGUCAAACUUUGCCAAUCUGCAACGCUGAAUCGUUAUAUGGCAAGGGAAUUUGGGUUAAUGGGAAAAACGAGCAAGGAUGCAUAUUACAUCGAAAUGUUUUGUGACUCAAUAAUGGAAAUUGUAUGGAAAUAUCCCUUUAUGGAGGAAGACGAAAAAAAGAAGGCAGCUCGAGCCGAGGAAUUUAAAAAAACGACUCCUGAAUCCUUGUCUAGACUUCAGAAAAUGAUUGAGAAAUGUUCUCAUGAGGGAGAGUGGAUAUUUGGAACGUUUACACUCGCCGAUCUCUAUUUGUUCACGUUUGGAGAUUUUGUGUUGCCGGUUUGCAACGACAUAUUUUCUAGUGUUCCUGAGAUGCAGAAAAUAUACGAAAAAGUGAAAAGUCUUCCCAAGAUUGCCGCUUGGAUUGAAAAAAGACCAGUGACAUUUCUUUAAUUGAAAUAUAUUGGGACAGCAUGCAUUCAUGUGUUUAUGUAUUGAAUUGCACGACUACAAAUCACUCCUUCCGAACUAACAAAAUAAUGUUUCAGUAGUAAUGCAUUAAUUCACAAUUUUUGUAGUAAAAUAUUACGAACUGGCUUUCGAUAGACUUUUUCAUC